GCAAGGCUUGGUGUGACGAUAGGUUAAGCUCUCCCUUUCUUUAUCAAGCGGUCAUUUUCCUGUUGGGAGUGCACGAAAUAGGCAAAAUGACGACUCCUAUUCACGGGAAACCAACCGAGGGAAUGUGCUGCUUGUGCACUAUGGAGGAUAUAACCGAAGAAAAUGGAAAUUAUGGUGCGUGCCGAGAGAUGUGUUUGAAGAUAAAAUAUGUUCGCGAGUGAAGGUCAACGUAAUGUCUUCUGUUGAAUUCAGUUAUUGGCUACAACUGUUGUGCCACCCAUGCACACAAGCUUUCGCAACAUUCCGUGUGGUAGACAUAAUACGCAAUCUUCGUCUUUCGAUGCGAACUAGCGCUCUGGUUAUUCGACGAACACAAUAAUCGUGUCUGCCGUUGUGGUAUCUCUAUCUUCGCACAACUGCGUCAGACCUAACCCUGCUUCGCAAUGAAUCUUCUCGUUCAUCCGUCAAACCCUGUAAAUUAUCCAUCCGCCACCAAAUCUGUUCGGCUCCGCAAUAACGUGCAACGUGAUGUACGAUCUGAUAUUCCUUUUGCUUUCGCCCGUUUUCUUCAUGUUCUAAAAUUACUUAAUUCCCCAGUCGAAUAUCAAACCUAUCCCAGUCUCACGUGGCAUCCCUGCGGCUACGAGCGAUCGACGGUCGAGCACCUCCUGAAAACUCAGUUCGGAGCCUAUCUAGAACGCGUCAAGACAACGAAUUGCCAGGCGGAACUCCGACGAUUGCUCAGAGACGGUCCCCCCGUGUGGUUGACGGAUCCACAUGCCCUGAAGCUUCCAGGAGCCGGCGAAGACAAAGAAACGACAACAAUUACAGAAGCAACAACGACGACACCUGCUACCGACACGCACGUUUGUUCACUAUGGUACGCGGGGGACAACACCGUAGUGUCGGCGAAGCUCAAUGGAGCUGUCGAAGGGGGGGAUCGUGAGAAUUUGUGGAAUGAAUUGAAAGAAUUCUUGGUGGAAGAAGGAAAAGAGCCGGGAGACGAUGACGACAACAAUUGACUAGGCUUUAGGAAAAGGGUUUGAAACCGGUUUAUAGAGUUUUGCGGAGGGAAUGGCUAACAGAGAGCAGAUUUUCCUCCUACCGUAGUAAUCCUGCAAACACGCAUGCUGAAAGAGAUUUUGUUGACUGCUGAGCUUUUGGGGAACUCAAAAAAGAAGAUUUACCUCUACUGCACUAUUAUGUUUAACACGAAUACUGUAACCUGAUAAUUGUAGAUUUUGCGUUCUAUGUUAUGGUCGCAAUAGGACGAAGCACUGAAGUAAUAUCCUUGACUAAUGAAAGUUAUAAAUAUAGAUAAAUGUG